AUGCAUAUUCCCCGCCCAGUUCACUAUCCUCAUCAUGAAAAGAGCAUGCAAAAUGCAAUGAUAGUGAGAUCGCCCAAAUGCAGCUUUACCCCUCUACGCAGUAAGCACACCCCCGCGAUCCGCCAAUCGCAACCCCACACUACCCCUCGAUCCCAGCAUUUGAACCCAGGGCUGGUUCAGACUCGCAUGGUGGCAGUGAGGGAAUGGGAGUGUGGGAUGGCAAAGUCAGAGCCAAUCUUUAAUGAUAUAAUGAUGGAGGGAAUUUGGGAUCUCAAAUUUAAUUGGCUGUCCGUGCCGCAAUUUUGGUCUAUCGAUGCCUUACGUUCUCUAGCCUCGUUGCCUGAGUUUUGCAGGGUGGAAGGUUAUGAUGAAAAACACAUGUUUGUUGGUGCAAGGGAAAUCUUAGCCCAUGGUCUGUGGAGAGUGCAGAAACUCCCAGUAACUAGAUGUCGUGGCAACGUAGUUAUUCAUAACUUUUCGCAAAAGCCUUACUGCGCCGGUAUGUUGAUUAUGAUCACAUCGUUUUCAUCACCAUACUGCAGCAUUGACAUAUCGGUGCAAAGUAAACACUCUCUGCGACGGAAAUCGCCCGCUGAUCAUCCACCCAUCAAAGGUGAACUAACCAUGUCUGGCGCUAAAUGGGGGGAUUUGGGAAUCAUUACGCUGUUGGUUCCGUCAAGCUCAUCUGUCCCUGAAAAGGAGGCAAAACUUGGCGGUAAGAUAGAUUUGAAGAAAAUCACAAAAUUUUUCCGUCCUCGCGAUGUUUGA